CGCAUGAGUGUGCGUGGGGGUCCUGGCGGUGAGCGGCACCACCUCCACCCACUGCGGGCAGAGAGCUGCUGUGGGCAGGACACCGACACCUCCAGUGGUCAGGACACUGACACAUACACCGACCGUGGGGACGAACACCGCCACAUUAUAAUAAAGUAGUCCUGGAAAGUAGCUCUUGUUUUAUACCGACCUUUAUCGAUGGCUGAAGUCCGGGGUGAGGCAGAGGGCGACGUCCGGAGCCAGGCAACAGAUCAUCCUGAAAGAACCAAACCAGAUCAUUUACAUUCAAGCCAAGGGCCUCUGUCUUCUAUACGAGCUGCUAUCAAACGAACAAGAACCACCUCUCAGAGUGAUCCCACCAGAGAAAGAAGGCGCCCAGAGAUCACCAUCGUCUCAGCAGAACCUCUGGCCAGUAACGACUGGUUCUCAGGAACAUCUGGACUCUUCCCUCGUCCUCCUCAGUCCGGCUGGUCCCCCGGCCUGCAGGCGGCCCCCCAGCCCCCACCGUCCUAUGACCAGGUGAUUCAAGAGAAGACGCAGGAGGAGCACAUUUUCAAGCCCACUGCAGCCCCCCGCCGGACCACCUGCACCUCCUCAAGUGCCACGCAGACUGAACCUGUGAGGAAAGAGACCUCCAGUGCUGCUGCAAAGUCAGCAGGGAAAAGAUCCACAGGUAAAAAGCCACAAAAGCCACCAAGGCCAUCACUACCGAAACCAGUGGGCAGAGAAUCACUCCCUGAAAGUGUUACACCCGCCGAUGAGAAGACUGGAAUCAAUACUGCAGUAUCAACAAUCACUGAGGACCAAAGUGAGUCAGAUGUAAAGCAGCCAAACGAGGCUCACACCUGCAGCAGAUCAGUCACUGUUCACUGGGAUAAUCCUACAACACAUCUCUCUGCCAAUGCUGGAACUGCUUCACAUUCAGACUCAGAACUCACAAAACGCCCCGUUCCACUUCCUCGUACAAAACCCAGAAAUCAGGAGGUCAAAGUUCAGACUUUGGUCAAGAUCAGUGAACAUUGUGACAACAUUUACUCUGAUGCAGAAGUGGUCUCUUCUAAUAAGUAUCUAAAGGAGUUAUUGGAGGUCUUUGCGGAGUGUGAGGAGAGCUGUGACAUUGAUAACCAAUCAGACGAGGAGAUACAAGGUGAGGAUGCUGGUAGCGAGAUGAACAACAACCACAGUCAACGCAAUAUCCGUGCCAGGAUCCAGGCCUUUGAGACCCCUUCAGAGGAGGGAAAUGAACCAGCCAAAUUAUCACCUCUACGGAGGGCGAGCACCAAACCUCCAGUUGCUGCUAAACCUUCUGUGACUCUCAAACCUCAGUUGAGCCACAGUGAGCCACUAGUCAAUGACUAUCAAAACCUAUCAACUAUCCCCCAAAUCCCAACACCAUCCCCCAGACCUCAGCCCCCUAAGAAACCAGCAGAUCUAGCUUUAAAAGAGGAACUAGAGACUUUACUCAGCAAGUCCGCCUUGAAAAGUUCACGUCCGUCUGUGUUGACCAGAGCCAACAGCUUCUUUGAAGAGGACUCUCCAAAAGUUCCCCCGACUCCUCCAGUAAAGCCUUUUAAGGAGCCUCUGAAACCCAAUCUUAACAUCAACAACCACAACUCUGCCGACCUGGUCACAGAGAACGUGUAUAUUGACACCCCAACAAAUCGCCCAGUCAAGCCUCAAAGUACUGUGGACAGCAAUGGAGGCUCUUUUGCCAAACCAAGUGUCACACGGAGACCAACCACCAUCAGGGUCCCCAGCAAAACGGGUUCAUUGUCGGAUAACUUUCAGGACAGUCCUCCUCCUCUUCCUGCUCAGAAGCCCGUAGGCUCUCUAAACACCUCAGUGAACCACAGACAAAGCCAGCCCCCCCUACUACGCCAGGGGUCUUUACAUGUUGGGCCAGAUCCAUCACUACCACCUCGGAGGCUGACUUCAAGCAAAACCCUCCCAACUCGCCCACCUCCAGCCAAAUUAGGCCCAGGGAGACCUCCCCCUCCCAGCCUUCAGGCCACAGGUCGAUCCCAUUCAGCAUCAUUGGAGGCUUCACCUAAACCCCAGGCCCAGACGCCCCAGAGGAAGGGACCUGUAUUACCUCCAAGGCCCAACCCAGGCCACCGUCUAUACAACAAAUACACACUUGAACUUCCUCAUGGUGUUGCUGAUACUGACUUCAAUGGGAGUAAUACAGGAGAACUCUCAUUUCAGAAACAUGAAGUGCUUCUGCUGCUGGAGGAGAUUGAUCACAAUAUGUUUGAGUGCCAAGUUGGAGGAACUAAAGGCAGAGUGCACAAGUCUUGCAUGAAGGUCAUAACUCCUCUUUCCUCUGUCUCACACACAUCCCAACCACAGGCUGCCAGUCCAGCUGGUCCAGGUGGAGCUGGUUAUGAGCUUAAAGUGCAGGCCAAACAUGACUUCACUCCAGAGGGUCCAGGAGAGCUAGGUCUGAGAUCCGGAGAUGUUGUGACCAACGUGGAGAUGGUGGACAAUGAUUGGUACAGAGGCACUUGUAGGGGAUCUACUGGUUUCUUUCCAGCCAAUUAUGUAAAUAUACUGUCAAAUUCACCAAAACCCCAACCAGAACGGAAAGCACGGCAACCAUCUGCAACAGUCAGUGGUCCAAGAUGUGUGGCGAGGUUCGACUUUGAGGGGGAGAGUGGCCAAGAGCUGUCGUUCUCUGAGGGGGAUGUGAUCCAGCUGAAGGCGUACCUUGGAGAGGACUGGGCUCGGGGACAGAUUGGCAUCACGACUGGUGUCUUCCCUCUGAACUUUGUAGAGGUCGUUGAAGAUCUGCCUCCACCCCCGAGUCAGCAGAAGAGACAGUCUAUCAGGAUAGCACUGCCUGGCAUGGCUGCUUCUCCGAGUAAGCACCUUGACGUUGCCAAACCUGCUCAGGUGUCUCAGCCUGGUGAGGAGUGGGUCGUGGCUCUGUACGACUUUGACGGGAAGACAGAGGGAGAACUGUCGUUUCAGCUGGGCGACAGCAUCCUGAUCAGUUCGCACGUUGACGCUGAGUGGAGCUGCGGUCGGAUCAACGGCAGAGAGGGAAUGUUCCCCAGGGCUUUUGUUGAGAGCAGCUCAGGCCCACAGUCGUCUAAUAACCAGCAGAGUGGGGCUAGUAGAGCCAGAGCUCUCUUUAACUUCACAUCAGACUGUGAUGAGGAACUCUCUCUGCAGGCUGGGGAUAUUAUAACUGGUCUGGAGUCUGUUGAUGACGAAUGGUUCCUGGGUGACUUGAGAGGAAAACGGGCCCUGGCCCCUAAAAACUAUUUGCAAGUUCUGGGAUAGUGCCAUGUGGAGACACUGUAAUGAGAUCUGAACACUGAUGUUCCCAGCUGCUGAAGUCUGAACUGUCCAACUGAAAUGCCGUAUUUAAUCUCUUGCCUAGGCUUAAAAUUAAGUGUUAACUAAAUAAUUUUAUCAUGUUAUAAAUAAAUAUACCAAGUUAA